AUGGAGGCCACCGCCCUGAGCUUGGCGAGGUCCGUUCUGGACGGCGUCAUAAGCAGCGCCGGUUCUGCGAUCGCCGAUGAGGUCGCGCGCCUCAUCGGGGUCCCCAAGGAGGUAGACUUCAUCCGCAACGAGCUGGAGAUGAUGCAGGCCUUCCUCAAGGUGGCAUCGGCCCAUCCCGAGGCCACCGUGCGCAACGACAUCGUGAAGACUUGGGUGAAGCAGGUGCGCGACCUCGCGUACGACGUCGAGGACUGCCUGCUCGACUUCGCGCUCUACGCGGUCAGGACCUCCUCGUCGCGGGCCGGCGCCUGGCUCCCCGGCGCCAUCGCCGAGCGACACCGGAUCGCGCAACGGAUACGGGACCUCAAGGCCAGUGUCGAGGAGCUGAACCAGCGCAACCAGCGAUACCACAUCGUCUUCGACAAUCCGGCGGCCCGCGUCGAGGUACAGCCCGUGCUCCCCGACUACGACAUGCGCUCGGACGAGCUCGCGUUCCAGGUGUCGGAAAUCAUCGGCCGCGAGGAAGAGAAGCAGGCGCUGAUCGACCAGAUCUCUGGCGGAAACCCCGAGCUGAGAGGGCUGAGACUGGUGUCCGUCUGGGGGAUGGGCGGCAUGGGGAAGUCCUCGCUGGUGCGCAUGGUGCACAACGACGCGGCCCUCCUCGACGAGUUCGACUGUGGCGCGUGGGUCACCGUGCCGCACCCGCUCGACAACCCCGACGUGUUCGCGCAGCGGCUGAAGAGGGAGCUCGGCGUAGCGGAGCUGGGGGAGUACCUCAGGGCGAAACGGUACCGGGUCAUAGUAGACGACCUACUUAGCCAGGAGGAGUGGGAGCACGUAUGGAAGGUUUUUCAAACCGGCAACAAGGAGGGAAGCCUUAUCAUCGUGACGACGCGCCGGGAGGACGUCGCUCGGCACUGCGCGGCCUAUGCUGCGGAGGGGCAUGGGCAUGUCUACGAGCUGAAGCAACUAGGGGAUGUGGAAUCCAUGGAUCUCCUGUGUCGGAAGGUCUACAAAUCUGCUGAGUACACAUUACCAGAGGACAUGGUGGAGCAAGCCAACCAAAUUUUAACUGUAUGCCAUGGGCUUCCCCUUGCUAUAUCUACAAUAGGAGGUCUCCUAGCCAACAGGCCUAAAACAAGCAUAGAAUGGAGGAAUAUGCACGAACACCUUGGGGCAGAGCUGGGUUCUGACCUCCGCAGAAUCCCGAAUGUGAUAGAAUCUAGUUACGAUGGCUUGCCGUAUCACCUGAAAUCCAUCUUCUUGUACCUCAGUAUAUUCCCUGUGAACCAUGUGAUGAGACGCACCCGCUUGUUGAGACGGUGGAUGGCAGAAGGUCACAUAGCAAGGAACCGUGACAUGCCCACGGAGGAUGUAGGAGAGCGUUUCUUCAGCGAGCUCAUUAAUAGAAGCAUGAUCCAACCUUGCAAGGUUGGCCAUGGAUCAAUAAAAGCUACUCGCUGCCGGGUUCACAGCAUGCUGCUGCAGAUCAUCCUGCCCAAGUCUAUUGAGGAGAACCAACUAUUCUUCGUUGAGAAGCACUCCAGUAUUGAGGUUCCACAGAGUAAGAUACGUCACCUGGUGGUGUCCAGAUGGAAGACGAGGGACGAGAAAUUGGAAAACAUAAACUUUUCAUAUAUCCGAUCGUUGACAAUCUUUGGUGAGUGCCCUGCUUCUCUCAUUUCUCCCAAGAUGCAGCUGUUGCGAGUGCUGGACCUGGAGGACACAGACAAUUUGAAGAAUGGUGACCUCAAGCACAUAGGGGAGCUACAACACCUAAGGUAUCUGUCCCUGCGACGAACAAAUAUUUCGAAACUUCCAUCUUCCUUGCAGAAGCUUCGAUACCUGGAGACAUUAGACAUCCAAGACACACAAGUGACACAACUCCCCAGAGGAAUUGCCAAACUGGAAAAGAUGCGUUAUCUUCUUUCUGGAGUCAACUUCCAAAAGUUGCAUGAGAAGAUGGCGGAGCCAGGGAAUGGCAACCAUAACGGACGCAUUUUCAGAAGAGGAUGCUGCAAAGUUUUCAAUGCGGACCAGUUUAGCGUGAGAGCCCCCAAAGGGAUCGAGAAGCUGAAGAACUUGCACGUGCUAGGGGUGGCCAAUGUUGGUAAGGGAAAUGGUGUGUCAAGGAGGCUUACGAAGCUGGCAAACUUGAUGAAUUUGCGAAGGUUAGGGGCCAGGGUCACAGGUCUUACGGAGAAAGAAGGAGAUGAGCUGUGCAAGUCGAUAGGAGAGCUCGAUCGAUUGCAAAGCCUCGAGCUGCGCUCUGAUUCACUUGAUUUUCUUGACAGAAUGCAUGAAUCAGCAAUACCAACACAUCUAACUUCAUUGAGGCUGUGUGGUAACCUCACCAAGCUGCCUGAAUGGAUCAGUUCACUCAACAAUUUAGCGAAGGUGAAGCUGCUGGGAACACAGCUGAAGCAGCAAGACAUUCUGCACCUCCAAAACUUGCGUAACCUGGCUUUGCUAGGUCUCUGGGAGAAGUCAUAUGAAGGUGACUCAUUGGAAUUCUUUGCUGAUACAUUCUUAAAACUCAAGUUCCUUGACAUUGGUGGGCUAGGGAAGACUGAAAAGGUGAUAAUCCACCAACAGGCAAUGCCUCAGCUGGAACAACUUUGGCUGAAAAGGUGCCCAUCACUACAAAACAAUGAGCAUGGCUUGUCUGGAGUGACACACCUGCCGAACCUUACGGAGCUUGUUCUUAAGAAUUGUGGUGAGCAGGGGAGUCUGAUUAGGAUAUUGCAGAGGCAAGUCGAUGCGCAUUCUAGAAGGCCUAAAUUCCUCAUUGGAAAGUCGAAGACGCCGACAAGAACAGCAUCUGAGUAA